AUGGUGAGUCGGAAGCGGAGAGAAUAUAGGACUAGAACCACUCUUCUUGAGAGCGAUUCGGAAGAUGACGUCUCGUCGUCUGGGUCAGCCACCGAAGCCGAGGAUCUGGAGGAAGACAUCGACAUGGAAGACCUCGACACUACUGAGCUGGAGAAUGUUCAUAGUGAUGAAGACUGCCUGGAAACGGAAGACGCUGACAAGAAGCGCGAGAAACACUUUUGCAAAGAGAUUUGGCAACUUAAGAAGCUACCGUAUAGUGCAGAGCUCGAAGAGCAAGCCAAUCGCCACUUCCAAAUGAUCAAGAAGGGACUCGCAGAAUCGAUUCUCCUGAAUGAUGCUGCGACUGGAUUUUGCCACUGGACGAUGGAGCUCGACAAGUAUAUAGACUUCUAUGGUCGUCGGUUUUCCAAAGAAGAGCACAUCCAAUUGAUUCGCAUCUUCCUUCCGCUUGUCAAAAAAGGAGCAAUUUUCCGCAAUGUGAAAAUCGCGAUGCGCACAUUGUACACUCUACUUUGUAAGAAGGACUUUCUGACUCGCGAAGAUUUGGUGAUCGAGUGGCGACCAUUGAUGGAGCUCUACGUUGAAGUCACGUUCAAGAAUCUGGAGGAAGACGGUCUGUUUCUGAUGCCAGACGGAUUCCGAUCAGAUUUGCACACGCUGAUAUUCUACGCUCGUCCCUACUUCUCGGAUGAAUCAGUUCAAGAACUCCUCGAUGAAGUCAGACCGUUCAUGUGCAUUUGGGAUGAAUCGUGCCUUCGAUAUUGGAAACUGAUGGAUUUGUUCCUGUGCACUUCCUUACCAGUAGAGAAGCAGCUUACACAUGGAUCUGCUAUUUGGCUCGAUGAAGCAUGGUAUUGGUAUGAACAAAUCACGAACAAUUCAUUAUUCGAAACACAAGCCAUCAAAAUGUUUGCAAGAUUAUCUGUCGAAUGUCCCGGACACAUUGACUGGACGGACAAGCUGGAUCUCAUUUUCAGUCGUCUUCUGAGAGCUCUGCGUCUUGGACAUGUCACCGGACUUUGCCAAAUUUUCAAUCAGGAAUACGGAUCCAUCUGGCUAGUUUUCAUGAUAGGAACAAAAUCACACGAAAAGCUGAUGAGUCACCUACGUGAUUUGUUCAAUCAAGUCGAAUCAUUCUUGCACCCUUCGAACAAUGGACUCCAUACGCAACACAUUAUGGUUCUUCUCUCCAAACUGCUUUCGAAUACACUCCUUCGGUUAAAAAGAGAACGAUCUGAAAAAUCGCAGAGUCGUACCAGAACAUUGACAAAGAUCCCCGAUGAAAUGCGACUGACACAAGCGCAUCUCGACGAGCUGGUCAACAUGCUGCUUCCAAGUCUCAAGCUCAUUGCGUUCACAAAAACAUGCAAGGAACUCGUCAGUCCUGCAUUCAGAUCUGCAUGUCUGUUAUGUCCCAAGAUCAUCCUUCCGGUCGUUCUUGAAAUGGUCUAUCCGGCACUUGAAACGUUGGUCGAACCACAUCGUCUUCUUCAAACUCUCGGAACUCUUCUUGGUGUUUUGAUUCCAUUGGUGAAAGACGAGCCGGAUGAAAACGGAAAAACUUAUCGAAGCCAUGUUAUUACGAUACUCAAUUCGUUGCUACCUGGCCUCGAUUGUAAUGAUAUCAGCAAAUGUAUGGUCACAUAUCAAAUCAUCGGAGUUAUUGUGAAUAUGAUUCCAAUUGUUGAUUGCUCAGAAGCAGUUCAUGUUCGAUGUGAUCUCAGUGAGGACGAAAAAGAUCUUUGUUCAGCGACGGCUAGCUUUGAUUCGCUCAUCUCUAUGCUUAUGGAUCGAAUGUUUGACAUGUUGAUUGCUGUUGGUCAAACAGCUAGUACAACCAGCACACAUGGAUCUAUCUCAGCUAAAACUGGAAAUAACAUUGAGGAUCAGAUCUUCCACCGAGGGACUCUAUCAGUCUUCAAAGGAAUCUGUAGAAACAGUAGCACAGAGCUGUUCAAUAUUGCUGUUAACAAGUUAUACAAUGUCGCAUGUGAGCAUGUGUUCGAUAGUCGAAUUGCCAACGACGUGAUCGGAGAUAUGAUUCAAGUGGCUUGCAAAUUCCAUCCCGACAUCGCCUUCCAGAAGUUCUUCAAGCUUGUUAUCUCCAAGUUACAGGGAUGUAUUACUCCUGAGUUCUACACGGAUGAAAAAGUUGAGUUUGGAACUCUUUGGUGGAUCUCGAUUGCCUCUAGAAUGAUCAAAGUGCAUCCAAAACUUCUUCUGGAUAACUGGCACAUGGUUGAAACUCUCAUGGAUCUUGUAAUGCCCAUAAAGAAGUGUACCACGGCUACUGAAAAGGCGCUCAACGUUCUCGACAACCUUCUUGAUCAAUUGACAUCUAUUCAAAUCAAUUCUCUCGUCGAGCGGCGAAAAAUGUAUGAUCUCCCAACAGAUCAAUUCUUGGCGAUCAGACAUUGGGCAGCUCCCGUAGAGAAGAAGAACUGGAAUCCAGAGUGGAUCAUUCCCACCCAAGAAUCUAUUGAUCGAUCAACACAACUUCUGAGAAAAUGGUUGAUACCAACUAUUGAUGCAUUGAAUGCUCCUACCGGAAUUCCCAAGAAGGAAAUGCUUCAUCGCCUUUACCUAAUCAGAAGUGCACUCCUUGGAUCAUGUUUCUCAUUGCCUCUUCUUGAGGGAAAGAUCAUUCCACUUGCCGACUCGCACAUUAUUACUCCUGAAGACGAAAUGAUGACAAUUGUGAAACCGAAAGGAACCCCCGAAAUCUCAAUUGAUGGGAAAAAUGUGCGAAAGAUAAUCCUUGACUGCACAAUUGGCUUGAUCAAUUGGCUUCUAGAGCACAAUCCGGAUGACGUAAAAUCCCUUCAAGAAGCUGUUUCAAUUCUCAGAAGUCUGCCACUCAAUCGUGGAUACACCAAAGAAUUGUACAACACGUCAUCAACUAGUUAUCGUGUCACCAAAACAAUGCUCUGCGACAAGUUGGCUGGAAAUCGUAGUAAUAUCGAGAUGAUUGUGGAGGAGUACGUCAUGUUAUUGCAUCGCAAGCGUGUCGCUCACACGCAAGGAUGGCAUUAUAACGAACACCACAAGCUUCUCCAGGAUACGUUGUUGAAAGUAGCCACAAGUACAUACAGCGAGAACCGUGCUAAAGCCCAGGCAAUUCUUCUCGGCAAACUGAGAGAGCAUCCAUACUCAUACAAGCGAAUCGUUAAUGACAUUCUUGCAUUUUUAGAACCUGGAAACGAUGUGACUCAUGAGCAGCUGAAAGGAGCUUUAUAUUUGCUUAUUGACGGCAAGAAGCAGUCGUUGAUGCUUCGUAUGGAAUUCGAACAACAGUCGAAAAUGUGGCCUGCGCUCGUCAAAGUUCAGCACAGCGAGAAGCCAUCGAUCAUUGCUCUUCUCGAAACGGCUCAGAACAUGAUCGUCGAUAACUAUGAGAGUUAUCGUCUCAAAUACGAGUGGGAACCGGAAAACGUGGAAGCUGCAUGGAAGCUGUUGAAAGCGGCUGAUGAAGGAUCUCCUUUGCACAACGCCGAAAUGCUUCGUGGACCGACGAAAGAGGAACUCGCCAAAUACAAAGAUUUGCUUACGGAAAAGUACGAGAAGUCAAAGUCUAAUUACUUCUCGUUGAUCGAACAACUAUUUUCUCUCGCUAAUGACCCAACUCUUCACUGGCGCCCACUUGAUAUGGCUUACUCGAUGCUGUCAAUGCAAGUUCGACGGGACUGCCCUCUUCCGGAUAAUGUUGUGAAGAUGUUUGUACGGCUUCUUAUCAACGAUACAGUCAAGACCAGAAGAAUCGCAUCUGCCGUUGUUGCUUCGUGGUUGAAGAUGACAAAACCGAAAGCAGUCAAGCGAGAAUAUGUAAUUCCAUACAAGGCACCAAACACUUCGGUUGGGGCUAAACAUCCUAUUCCAUAUGGCUUCCGAACGGACAACCGUUGCAUGAUGUACGAAGAAGAAAAGUUGCCGAAAACUGAUGAAGAAUGGGAUGCAUUCCAGUUCUGUUGCAAACAAAACUGGGGAUCCUACACGUGGCCUGCAAAACUGACGACAUACGCUCCAUUGAAAGAGCAGAAGGCUAUCGACAGAAGCUUUGAUGAGUUUAGUGAAGUUGAGAAGUAUAUUGUGGAAACAUUCCAAGAUGAAAAAUUCAUGACUCGUUUCCGCGAACUUUUCUCCAUCGAGAUGAAGAAGGAAGAUGAAUUGUUCAAUGCAGUUCACUUCUCUUUGUUCCAAGGGCUCUUCAGAUGCUACGGAGAUGUUUUGACUCACGCAUUCCGCACCCAGUUGGAGAUUCUACUUGCAAGUGCCAAAGAAUAUGAACAGAAACUGGCAGCUGAAAUUACAGCAGGAUUGAUCAAUGGCUCGAAGCUCUGGAAAUACGAGAAACAGCGGAAGUUGUGGAAUUGGCUCGAUCCUCUUCUCACCAAAACCUUUGAAAUCAUGAAGGAGGAUGGACUACGCAAUUGGGGAGUCGCCAUCGCCACAGUUUGUGGUUGCUCUGAAGCUCGGAUGCUGAAACCACUACUCGAUCUGCUCUUCAAAUUGGUGGAACGACCAACAGACAAUGCAUAUGCUGCAAGUAGCAGGAUGUUCCUUGUGCAAUCAGCUUUGUGUCAAUUUGAAUGGAGAGGCGUUGAAUUGUGGAACAAACUAGUAGACAUGAUGAAAGGAUCUUUGGUACAACCGUUCGCUAACUUGAGAGAUCGCGUUGCCAUCUCUCUCGUCUCCGCUACUUGGUACGAUCUCCCAGCAGUUAAUGUUGACCCCUCGCUCCCGAAACGUCUGCAACCACCACGAAUCGCUGAUAUUUCAGCCCUCUACAAGGACUUACUGGGAACUUGCUGGGACGAAGUACGAUUGGUUCGCGAUGCCGAUUCCUCCAAUGGUGUGAAUGGUACAGCGAAUGGGUUGUCUUCUUUGUCUGUUCCGACUAAUGGGCUCAAUGGAGAGACUAUGACUCAUUCUGCAUCAAGUGCAUCACUGGCAGAGGUAUCCGAAGUAAAGAAGCAAGCUCGCCUCACCCUUCGUGCAGUAAUCUCGUUUGUCUUCAACACUUGCAAUCAGUCUUAUGAUGCGUAUCCACCAUCAUUCAUCGAACUGCUUCCACUUUGGUGUCAUUAUUCUAAUGAUGUUGGUGAUGAGGAGCUUCAAAAGACUUGUUCCUCGUUGUGCAUCACACAAAUGGAAGCGAUUUACAUUUCACCUGAAAACGCUCCAGAAGUUAUUCGCCAGUUCCAGCAAAUUCUCUCCUCGCCGUGUUGGUGGAAAGCAAAAGUAGCAGCAUUGAAGAUGAUUCGAAUGUUGGUUUUCUCAAAUCGAUAUGUCUUCAGAAUACAUCGUGAUGAUAUUGGAAUGAUCCUCGUCAAUUCCCUGAAUGACAGUCAAAUUGAAGUUCGUGAACGAGCCGCAGACGCAUUGAGCACACUUCUUCAAUCCAAAUUCUUUGAAACGACAUCUGAACUUAUCAACAAGUUCUGUACUGCUGCACACUCAAAAGAUCUUAUUCAAUCGCAUGGGGGAGUCCUUGGACUGUCGGCUAUCAUCUUGGCCUUCCCAUACUCGGUGCCAACUCUUCUUCCAGGAGUUCUGAUGACAAUUUGUAAAUUUGCCACAGAUAAGAAUGCAACGAUUCGAGACGCUGUCAAACGCACACUGUCGGAAUUCAAGCGCACUCAUCAAGAUUCGUGGCGUGAGCAUGAACAACAAUUCAAUGAGGAUCAGCUGAUGGUGCUUCGCGACUUGCUCAUUUCUCCCAACUACUACGUCUAG